AUGACCCUUAAAAGGUUGAUAAGUCAUAAAAAAAGCAAAUGCAUCAAUAACUCCUCUUUUCACUUUUUUCAUCUUUCUUCUCUCUCUUCCUUCUUUCCUCUCCUCUUUCCCUUUUUUUCUUCCGUCAAUUCUUCUGUACCCUUUCUCUCACCAUUUCUUGCCUUUCCUUUUUGUUCUUUCUUCCCCCUCUCCUUCUUUCUUCCCUCCUUUCCUUUCUUCUUUUACGAGCUUUUUUUUAUCCUAUUUUUCCACCUUUUACUAUCCUUUUUUCUACCUUUCUCCUCUCCUUUUUUGUCCUACCUUUCUCCUCUCCUUUUUUGUCCUACCUUUCUCCUCUCCUUUUUUGUCCUACCUUUCUCCUCUCCUUUUUUGUCCUACCUUUCUCCUCUCCUUUUUUUUCCUCUCCUUUUUUGUCCUCCUUCUCCUCUUUUUUUUGUCCUACCUUUCUCCUCUCCUUUUUUGUCCCACCUUUCUUUUUGUCCUCUCCCUUUUUUUUUUUCCCUCUCCUUUUUUGUCCCACCUUUCUCCUUUUUUCCCACCUUUCUCCUCUCCUUUUUGUCCCACCUUUCCUUUUUGUCCCACCUUCCCCCUCUUUUUUUGUCCCCCUUUCCUCUCCUUUUUUUUCCUACCUUUUCCCUCUCCUUUUUGUCCUACCUUUUCUCUCCUCUUUGUCCUUUUCCUUUUUCCUCCUUUUUUUCUUUUCUGUUCUUCCUUUUCCUUUUUUCCUCCUUUUCCCUUUUUUCUCUUCCUUUUCCUUCCCUCUUUUUGUCUUCCUUUUCUUUUUCCUUUCCUCUCCUUUUUUCCUCCUCUCUCUGUUUGAAGCUUAUAACACCAUAUGUUUCAAUUCCUUUAUUUUCUAGUUGA